CCUUGUUAGGGAGUUCUAUAAAUCUCUACUUGCCUUCUGAUUCACUUUCACUGCCAUGGCUUAAACACACACAAACACCUUACCUGAAUUUCUCUCUCUCUCUCUCUCUCUCUCUCUCUCUCUCUCUCUCUUAAUGAGCACAGCUAUGUCAACUGUAACUCAGAGGGGAAGCAAUAAUGGUAGUGAAGAAGAAUUUGAGCUGAGAAAAGGGCCAUGGACUCUUGAGGAAGACACUCUUCUAAUCCAUUACAUUGCUGGCCACGGCGAAGGCCGGUGGAAUUUGCUAGCCAAAUGUGCAGGGUUGAAGAGAACUGGAAAAAGUUGUAGAUUGAGAUGGCUAAAUUAUUUAAAACCCGACAUUAAGCGUGGAAAUCUCACCCCGCAAGAACAACUCUUGAUUCUUGAACUCCAUUCCAAGUGGGGUAAUAGAUGGUCAAAAAUUGCACAACACCUUCCAGGGAGAACGGACAAUGAAAUCAAGAACUACUGGAGAACAAGAGUGCAAAAACAAGCGCGACAACUUAAGAUCGAGUCUAAUAGCAAGAGGUUCCUAGAAGCGGUUCGAUGUUUUUGGAUGCCAAGAUUACUUGAGCAGGUGGAACAAACUUCAUCAUCAUCACCAUCUUCUUCAACCAUGGAAACUCAAAGCUCUACAAUUACUUCUUCUCUACUGCCCAACCACGAAGCCCCGUUGGCGUUUUCGUCUCCACAACCCAAUGAAAAGCCAAGCUCAGUGACCAAUUCAUCAACAAUUUGCUUCUCAGAUUCCAUGAGAAUAUCACAGCUGCCUGAAUUUUUAGAGCGUCCAACAAGUCCACCUCUAGAUGAUUGUUACUUUGUGGACAUUAGUGGGUAUGACAUGGAGGUCUUUAACCUGGCAACCAUGUCAUCAGUGGGCCCUUGUGACUUUUCGCUCUCGGAUAGCCAAAUGGCAGGAAGCGAUUGGAUCAGUGAUGACGUGGCAUGUACUUUAUGGAACAUGGAUGAAUUGUGGCAAUUGAGGAAGCCAGAAGAAGAGUUGGGUAUCUAGGCUUACCAUGUGCUCAUCAUGACUUUGUUACUAUAUGUUGACCUAUGUAUUAGUUUAGUCUCUAACCUGAAUGAUUUCUUAGAUUGAUGGGACAAAACUUAGUACUCAAUCUUAUAUUGAACUUGAUUAGUGUUGGAAAAUACUACUCAUUGAUGAGGUUAAUGCAUCUCCCUUUGUUCUUUUUAAUUUUCUUUUCAAAUUGGCAAGUGGUUAGCAAUUUGACAAUUGAGUAGAGAAGAUAAUAUUCAAGUUGUGAGAGGACUUCUUUUUUUCCUUUUUCUUUUUUUGUUGGUACAUGUAGAAAAACCAUAUAUAUUC